CGGCAGACACGUCACAUCGCAGGGCGUGGCUUGGCAAGUGCAUCUUUUUCGUCGGAAGCCGGGGUCGACAAACAAAGGACUGCGGAGGCGCGAACAACAAGGAUGGGAGCUUUCAAGGCUUGUACGUCUACACUUGCGGCGGCGGGCGCGCUGCUGCUGCUGCUGGCCGCACCCCAGAACCUCUGCGCCCGGGCCGACGUAACGGAAAGGGCCACCAAGAUAUCCUUCCGGGAAAAAGUCAGCCUGCCCGGGGGGAGCGGAAGCAGCCUUAUGGGGACUGGGGUAAGAGUGAAGAAGAUCGGGCCCGCGGGGGUGAAGGUUUACGCCGUCGGGCUUUACGUGGACGAGAAGGCGGCCGCCAAGGAGCUCGAGGUUCACAAGGGCGAAGACGGAGAGUCCCUCGGAAAAAACGACGGCUUUUUCACGCGGGUGGCCAAGUCCAACUUUGAGAAGACGAUGGUGCUCAAGAUGGCGAGGGAGGUGGGGACGGAGAAGAUGGUUAGCGCGCUCGCGGAGAGCGUCAAGCCGCGCAUCUCGGGCUCCAAGAAGCCGCUCGACAGCUUUCAGGACAUUUUGCUGAAGGCCGUGGGAAAGGAGGGAGCGGCGAAGAAGGGCAUGCAGUUCGGCUUCGUUUGCAAGCCGGGGGCGCUGUGCGUGAGCGUCAACGGGAAGGACGCUGGCACGAUCAAGAGCGGGCCGCUUUCGAGCGCGAUGGUUGACGUCUACCUCGGGAAGAAGGCAGUCUCCCCCGGAGCAAAGAAGGCUUUCGCCACGGGUGUUGCGGCCCUUCUGGAGCGUUAGAAUGGCACUCAACCGUCUAAGCAUGGACGUGUUGAAAGCGUGUGUAUUUGAUGGAAUCUAGACGUUUAGACGGUAGUCGAUAAUCUAGGCGUUUAGACCAAAGCCGAUUGGUUUGACGCAUUUUAGCCCGUAUCGGAAGCGUCGCCUGAGACGGCGUUCAACCGUUAUGAGUAAAGAUGGUUAAUCGGUGCUAUAGAGGCGUUUGAAUUGACUGUAGUUGUCGAUCCAUUCAACGCUUGCGGCAAUAGCCCGUAUCGAAAUGGCCUCCUCGAGCGUUACAAUAGCACCCAACAGCAGUUAUGGGCAGAGGUGCCCCAAGCGUUGGAUUGGGUGCAACCUGCAAUAGACACCAACGAUAGUCGACCCCAUUGACGCGUCGCACAUAGCCCGUUGCAGACAUUAUAGACAUAGGAAAGUUGAACCAUAUAUACUUCUACCACCCGUAGGAACGUUCGUGGCUGCCUGACUGCUAACAAGCAUGGCGGCCUGUUUCAAACGCGGAAUAUGCAUCCGGUACAUAUGCCGUUAGAACAACGGCGCGCGUGGCCGUUGCCGGGGGAGGGGGCAUUGCACCGGGCGCACGACGCCCAGGUAAAUUCUAGCUUCAUUUGGCUCCGUCGCUUUUCCCUCCUCCUCGCCUGUCGGGCGGGGAGGCUGCUGUUUUCAUUUUUUGAGUCAAGCCCGCCCACCCCAGCGGUACGGACCGGGGGAGGGUGACGCGGGGGAAGGUGCGUUUGUGUCGGAUGUGGUUUAGAGGACGUAUUUUUU